UCCCAAACCCACGUCGAUGGCAAAGCCUAAUAAUAUAUAAAUAGAGAGAGAUGGCCACAACGCACUUCAUAGCAUGAUGGAGUAUCCAAACCCGAGAGGCAAGAUAAUGAUGAUGAAGCCUGUGCUUUCUUUUUGUCUUGUUAGUGUUUUGCUUUCCUUGCUUCUCUUCAUCUUCUACUCCUUGAAGCCCUUCCUCCUCCAGCAGUUCUCCAAGACCUGCAUCUUCCUUCUCUGCAAUGGACUCAUGUUCUUCAUAGCCAUCAACUCUGGUCUCAAUGCAUCCCCGCCAGAAGAAGAAAACACUUUGAUGAUAGUGGAACGUGAGAAUUCAUUGCAAGACACUCUUGAACAAGAAGACUUUGAAGACAAGAUUGUAACCAUGGUAGAACAACAAGUUGAGAGAGAGGGAGAGCCAAAUAAUGCUAUAGUGAUUGUUGAUGGACAUGGUGCAGUGGACACAGAGGAGUUAAACAAGAAAUGCGAAGAAUUCAUUAAGAAGAUGAAAGCAGCAUUCAACUCUGAAGCAAGAGAUAACCGGUGGCUGGUCCCUGCAUAUUAUCCUCCUCUUUCUCUUCUAACUUAAAAGAAACUGAUAGGUGUCCUACUUGUAGAAAUUUUUGGUCACUUUUUUUUGCAUGUUUGCAGCUGCUUCUGCCGGAGUAUGUAUUAUUAAUCUCCCCUCUUCUGUUCUAUGGACCAUGUUAUGAAUGAAGUAUGUUAACUCUCCUUAAUUAGUAUUGUUUCUGAAAUGUUUACCUUCCAUAAUGGAAGCAGCAUUCACUGAAGUGAACACCCUUAGGAUCAUCAAUGCGAUUCUGGAUUUCUAUCACGUCA